CUGCAGAAGAUGGCUCUUCAAGAAGCCCAAAAAAGCCCCAGUACAAAAUCGCUCUGGUCAUCUUUGGCCGGCCUUUGUUCUCCUCUGUCUAAGGGUUGUUGAGGAUCAACCCUCACACUUAUCAUAGAAGUGAUGGAUCUUGCAAAACCAAUGUUUGGAAGAGGACCUAGUGAACUUUGUGGGGCAGUUGAUCUUAUAAGUCGUUAUAAACUUUGGCCCCAUCAUGAUUAUUUCUGUAAGAGGCCGCCACCUUUAUCACUUUCUGAGUCUCCAUACCUUAGUAAUCUGGUCGGAGACCUACAGAUUAGAAAAGGAGAAGGAAUGGAACUUGGUCAGCUCUUGCAGGGUACAUCCUGUACGGGAGAUAGAAAUGAGCACAUGCAUCGUUUUGACUUGGAUAUUCUUAGUGAGGCGUUUCAGAUUAAGGAGACAACAGAUUUCGACCUUGCCUAUGUGGCAGCAUCCAAGUUCAAAUCCAAGGGUGUGAGAAAACAUGAAAGACGCAAAGAUAUGCGUGCACAGAAGAAAAAGGACAUUAAGAAGCCAAAAGGCUGUCACAAUAGAACCAGCAUUCAGAAAGAGGAAUGACGAAAUAGAAUUGGGUUUGUGUUUUUCUGAAAGAGCAAGAAAACGGAUUGGAUAAAACUUUGCUUUUACGUUCCUACUCAUCAUCAUCCAUCAUUGGAAAAUUUGGGCUCUUUUUAUUAUCUGUUGGUUGAAGUUAUAUUUUGUGAAGCAUAUGAUUACAUAUUGAAGUGCAAAUUCCUUUUAAUCUUAGGUA